AUGCAACCCCUGGAGGGAGAGAAUACACAGGCCUGCACAUGCGCAAAGAAGCCCGAGCAUAACAGCAAAAAGUACCGGAUCAAGCUGAUUACGGGCUUGGUGCUGCCGUAUUUCCUAGCAUCGCUGGAUCUGACCGUCGUCGCGACAGCUUUGCCCUUUAUCGCGUCCCAUUUCCGUAAGCAAAACAAGUUCGACCAGCUCAACUGGAUCAUCACAGCCUACACGCUCACCUCGACGGCCUUUAUUCCCUUCUACGGCCAGCUCGCAGACGUCUUUGGCCGCCACAUCUCGUUGCAAGCGGCCCUGUUCUUCACAGUGAUUGGCAGUGUGCUCUGCGCCGCUGCGCAGUCAUGGAGUGUGUUACUGCUGGGCCGCGCAUUGCAGGGGCUGUCUUCGGCCGGCCUGAGCAGCAUCAUUCUCGUCGUCUUGGCCGAUAAAGUCACCUUGGAAGAAAACGCAAAGAACAAUACUCUCUUCACGAUCGUGUCCGGGAGCACAUAUGCCAUUGGUCCGCUAAUUGGCGGGUACGUGACUGCCCCUGCUCGCUGGUUAUAUGUCUUUGUAAUUCCCAUCCCAAUCGCCGUGGUAUCCCAUAUCCUUCUCUUCUUCAUUCUGCGCAACGAGCUGCUAGAGGGCACCCACUUCCACAAAGGCUCUACAUGGUCCGCCAUCCUUCCAGCCUUGGCAACUCUUGAUAUAGGCGGCGUCGUUUUAUUCAUUGUUGCCGUUGGCCUCAUUAUCCUCGGCACUUCCUGGGGAGGGAGCACUUACCCGUGGGACUCUGUACAGGUCCUGGUGCCCAUCAUCGUCGGUGGCACUCUGCUGCCCGUGUUCUUCCUAUACGAGUUCCUAUUAUCAGACGGCAGAAUAGUAGCACGGCUGUUUCCACAGCAGUCACCUAUGCUGCCGUUAAGCCUCUUCUCCAGAAAGGACACAAUUGUCAUAGCCGUAAUUCAGUUCUCCGCCGGAGCUGCCAUGUAUGCCGUGUUUUACUUUGUGGGGAUCUAUUUCACGUUAGUCGAGGGCAAUCCCGCCUCGCAAGCAGGGAUUCAAUUACUAUACUAUAUCCCAGGAAUCGCAGUUGGUGUUUACUCAGCAAUGUUCAUGUGCAACCGAUCCCCCGGCCAGACAUUUUGGCCGCUGCUUCUGGGCUCCGUCGAAGAAGCAGUCGGCCUCGGCGUCUUGACCUGGGCCGUGUUGGCAAGCCGGCCCCGAAUUGUCUCUGGCAUGAUGGUGGUGACCGGUGCGGGAACUGGCUCGCGCUUCAUGCCUGCUUCACUGCACAUUGCCGGAGUGUGGCCUGAGCGAUUGGCACCGGCCAUGUCGCUGAUGCGCUUUGCAAUGCCCUUUGGAGGCACCCUGGCGUUGACCAUGAUGAACGCCGUCUUCAACUCCAAGUUCUCUUCGGCCUCCUCUCUUGUCUUACCCAUUGGCGGCGGAAUCAGUGCUCAGGACACUCAAUCGCUGGACGCCAUUGGGCAACUACCCAGCGCGUUGCAGGCCACAGUAAGGGCAGCAGGUCGCGGCGCAGUUGGGCGGGCCUUUGUCUCCAUUCUGCCAAUACUCGGGCUCAGUGUUUUUGCGUGCUUUGUUCUCGGCAAUGUCUGGGUCAAGUCCCCAGCUAAAAAGGACAAAGUUCCUGGCUUUACAUCUUGUGGUCAAGGGCCCGGUGGCCAGAGCAGCGAAAAAGAAGCUACUGGGGCGAGUGCGGUGGUCCAUGUCCCAUAUCUCUAUGCUCUGCUGAAGGUAACCAUUCCCAUUCAUUUGUCUAAUUAG